AUGACAUUACAAGACACAUGUAAUGGAACAGCCAUAGCCAUACCACCUGCAUUGCAGUCGUCAACAGCAACCACAUCAACAACUACUACUACUACAGAAUCACCAAUAACUACCGAAGUGAUCACAACAAAGCCGACGACGAAACUUACCACCACAACCGAACAACCAUCAACAUCAACGACUUCCGCCUCAACAACUACAAAGGCAACUACAACGAUGAUUAGGACCACACCAAUUGCACCUACAACAAAACCUCUAACAACAACGAAAAGGCCAAUAACAACGACACACAGACCAACAACAACCACGGAAAGACCAACAACAACCACAAAAAGGCCAACAACAACCACGAAAAGGCCAACAACAACCACAAAAAGGCCAACAACAACUACGAAAAGGCCAACAACAACCACAAAAAGGCCAACAAUAACCACGAAAAGGCCAACAACAACUACGAAAAGACCAACAACAACCACAAAAAGACCAACAACAACCACAAAAAGGCCAACAACAACCACGAAAAGGCCAACAACAACCACGAAAAGACCAACAACUACGACAAAAAGGCCAACAACUACGACGGAGAGACCAACAACUACAAAGAGGCCAACAACAACCACGAAAAUGCCAAUAACAACAAACAGACCAACAACAACAACGGAAAGGCCAACAAAAACCACGAAAAGGUCAAAAACAUCCACGGAAAAGCCAACGACAAUAACAUCUAUACCUACUACACAAAACCAGGCAGUGAAUCUUUCAAUGGCGUUUGAUAGUAAUUCAUUUGAAAAUGAAGAAAUAAGAACUCGAAAUUAUAGCAGUAUUGACAAGACUUUGUAUGAAACAAGACAGAAUAAAUCUCAUCUAAAUAUUUCUAACAACAGAGAUUUGUCAGAUCUUACAAUUUCUGACAAAAUAAAGAUAGAAGGAAAAGAAAGCAAAAAUUCAUCGAUUCAAUUAAAUACAACCAAUAAACUAAUAGGUGGCUCGAUACUUUCAUCUAUUUUGCCAAUGCAAGAAAAAAAAUUGACAACAAUAUACAACGUCAAGCCAGAAUCAGGUGAAUAUAUAAUGCCUACCCUGUCGUACCGGUCGAUAUCAACAUCAUUUGUGUCCAAUGAGAUUGCACCAACAGUGACAGCAGGUACUGAUUCUCUGUCGGAUACAAGAACACAGUCUGAAAUGUAUCAUGAACCAGUUUUGCAUUCGAGCACACCGCGGAUGAGUGAAGGACAAACAAAUGGUAACAUUUCAACUACAACUGCUUCAUCAGAAAUACACUCUAUGCAUAAAUCCUCUUUAGCAUAUGAGAUAAACGUCAGUCCAAUGUCUUUUUCAGGUGUUGAAAUUAUAACAACAACUCCUAAAGAACAUAUUUUUAGAGAACGUGUUUCAAAUCUCCAUACGGAGCCCAAGAACAAAUCAUUAGAAAAGAAGGAAAAUCCGAACAGUGAUUCUAAUUUUCCUACCGUCCCUAUAUUCCACAUAUUCUCACGAACUAGUGAAAGCAGGAAGAUCAUAAAAAGUAAAAAUUUACUUAAUAUCCUAAAGGAUACACCAGCUAUGGAAAAAACAAAAUCCCUAAUGAGUGGUAACACUAAAUCAGAUAUUGGUUCUGAGGAACAGAAAACGACACCCGUAAACAGAUUUAGUGUAAAUGUUGCCACGUCAGUACACACGUCUGAAUUUCAGCCAAUCACAACACAACACACAACGACAUUAUUUCAACCAAUCACCACACAGAAAACAAUGCCACUUCCUCCCCACUUAUUCGUUCCUAGGAGACCAAUUGUACCUAUUGCCGUUACGCUGUUUGAUAUUGGACGUGAGCUGUACUCAAGUUGUACACAACAUUCGCAAUGUCCAGAGCAUGCGAAAUGCAGACCAAAUGCUUGCCAAGGCUAUUUGUGUUUGUGUGAUGAAGGGUACAUUGCUAGUGAAGAUCGUAAAUUCUGUCUAAGAGCUAUCCGGAAUGGCGAAAGAUGUGAUCCAAGGACGGACAAAUGUUUGUCUAAAUUUUCCAUGUGUGCUGGUGUAUGUAAAUGUUUAGAAUUUUUUGAGCAUACAAGAGAUGGUCGAUGUAAACUUCCGAAUGCUGGUUAUCUUGGUGAUGACUGCACAAAACGAGGCUGCCAGUAUCCAUCUAAAUGUGUAAAAGGAAAAUGUCGAUGUGUUCAUCCUUUCCGGAAGUUAACAGCAGAGGAAUUCUGGGUAUCUCCACAGUCAACGUUACAGUGUCGAAUGCAGGAAUACUCUCUUGAUAAAUGUAAUGGUUCUUACAUUCAAGUACCACGUGAUCUUCGGCCAAACACUACUACACAACCACAGUACACAACAGGUAGGGGAACAAUAACUUCCUCAUAUACAUUAUAA